AUAGAGAGAGAGAGAGAGAACAAAAGAACAAAGAAGCAAAACCCCCCAAAGCCUCCAUCUCCAUCCCGUGCACGUUCACCCACAGUAUCCUUCCCCUUCUCUCUCUCUCUAUCUCAAUCUCUCUCGCUCUGUGCUCGCUGUCUCGGUUUUUGUCUAGCAUCUGUGCAUGAGUGGUAUUGUCGUUGCUUGUUUCGGAGCAGAGAGUAGAGUGUAGAGACAGAGAGGGGGGCAGAGAGAAACAGAUAAAGAUCGGAGGCAUCUCCUUUUCCGCUCUGGUUUUUCCCUCUGCACAGAGAAAGUUAGAGAGAGAGAGAGAAAGAGAAGAGAGGUGGGGUGGAUGACCGUGGGUGUUUUGAAGGGAUAUAUAAAGAGGGAGUCUUGAGACAGGUCGGUUGUUUUUUAAGAAAUGCAGCAGCACCUGAUGCAGAUGCAGCCCAUGAUGGCCGCUUAUUAUCCUAACAACGUCACUACUGAUCACAUUCAACAGUAUUUGGACGAGAACAAGUCACUGAUUUUGAAGAUCGUUGAGAGCCAAAACUGUGGGAAGCUGAGCGAAUGUGCAGAGAACCAGGCUAAGCUACAGAGAAACCUUAUGUACCUCGCUGCUAUUGCUGAUUCUCAACCUCAGCCGCCGAGUUUGCAUCCUCAGUUUCCCUCAAGUACCAUUGCACAGCCUGGAUCAUACUAUAUGCAGCACCAGCAAGCUCAGCCGAUGACCCCACAGUCGCUCAUGGCCGCUCGAUCUUCCAUGCUGUACACCCAGCAACAACCCUAUUCCUCGUUGCACGGCCAGCCAAGCAUGAGCUCCGGCGCUAGCUCAGGGCUGAACCUUUUGCAAAGCGAGAGCGGCCACUCGGGAGGUAACGGGGCCCUCGGAGGUGGAGGCUUCCCCGAGGGCUUGCAGGUUGGUGGGAGGGGAAUGGCGGGUGGGAACAAGCACGAUCUGGGGAGUAGCAGCUCGGGUGAAGGGCGAGGUGGCGGCUUGGGCAGUGGCGGCCAGGGUGGAGCAGAUGGCGGCGAGACCCUCUACUUGAAAUCGGCGGACGACGGUAAUUGAGUGAGGGUGCCAGCGAGACGAGCCAAAUGGGUCACUUUGUUUUGAUCUCUGAACUUUGGUGAGGUAGGGAAGCUAGAGGGCUAGAAGAACUUUGCUUCUUUUUUGGUUUUUUCUAGUUCCAUUGCAAUGAAAGUCUUGAAUCUUGCAGUCUGUUGAAAGGGGCAGGCUAUGCACUUUUAUUUCAGCGUAUCAUGUAAAUUUUGUAGGACAAGAGUUCAUAAUGUUUGAGAAGUUGUCUGACCAUCCACGAAACCCAUGUGCUUCUUUGGACAGAUCCAAAUGGGUGGAUUUAGUUCCAUAAUC